AUAUUUGCUCUUUUCCCUCCUAUUUUAGUCUUCCAACGAACGACUUGAGGGACAAUUGCUAAGGGUCCCAAAAAAAACUACCGCAGACGCCAAUCUCAGGUACACAGCAAUCAAUCAUUCCUCGUAUCUGCAAUUCCUAAAUCUCCCCUUCUCCGGAAUCUCCUGGUCUUAUAAUCGGCUUCUUCUUGUCUCUUCCCUUUCUUUGUUCCGACCACCGUAACGCCGCCGUCAAUUCUCUGGCCCUUCUCUGAACUGGGUCUGGAAGACUGACUGGAAUUCGAGGUGCACUCAAGGGGAUCAGAUAUUUUUUAAGAAAACAAAGAAGAAAAAUGGUGGCUCCAAAGAUGAUGAGGAGCUUCGUUGCGGAGAACCCAAAGAAACUAGGGAACUUGAUUGACAUUGUGAAUCUCCCUUCGACGCUGAGAGAUUUCAUGGGACACUCCCAAACCUCCCGCCUAGGUUGUUUCAUCCGCAUUUGGUCUUACAUCAAGGACAACAAUCUCCAGGAUCCAAACAACAAGAACAUCGUCAACUGCGACAAACAACUGAAGAGUGUGCUGUUGGGAAAGUCGAAGGUUGAUCUGUGCGAACUUCCUGCCCUCGUCAAGUUGCAUUUCCCAAAGCGCCACCCAAAAUGAUUGAUCACUCGCCAUUGCCGUAUAUAUUACGGAGUGCUACCAAAGAAGUGAUCUUGAUUAUGGUAGGGGAAGAUUGAUUCAUUUUCAAGUCAUUACCAGAUAGUAUUUGUUGUAAAAGAAAGAUUGGGAAAUGCUAUUUAACCCAAGGGGUGAUACUAAAUCUUUUACUCAAUCACGCAGACAAUAAUUAUUGUAUGUGACUAUGUGAGGCAUCGGUAAGGUUCUUUUGACAUCAAGCACCGCCGUCCUGGCCCAUUUCGGGCACCUACGGUGCUAGUUCCUACCCAUACUGCCCCUCCCUUUCCUUUAUCAAUAAUUUUCUACAAUCAAGGGAGGAGGGCAAU